AUGGGUAAAUGUAAUCUGAAUCCAUUAUACUUAAUCGGAAGAGAUAUUGAUUUAAGUAGCAUUAACUUGUGCGAUUUCAUUGUCGAUUGUUUGGUAAGGACGAAGAAGGUUUACAACCCAGAGAAAGAAUCAUCUUUCUUUUAUGGACCAACAGCAUACCUUAUGGUACAAUGUCAAGAAUCUGAUUAUAAUGAGGAUGAAUCUGGAGGUUAUAAGGAUGAGUUUGAUGGUGAUGAGGAUUUAUGUGAUGAGGAUGAAGAAGAGUUUGAUGUUAAUAAAGUUAGUGCUGUUGAGGGGGGUGGAAAUGGUCCACAUGAGGAAAAUAUUCGUAAAAAUGAUUUUGAAGGUAAAGGUGGUGUUAAUGAUCAUGCAUAUGAGGACAAUAUUGGUAAAAAUAAUGAUCAGUUGAAUAAGAAAGAGGAUGAAGAUAAUGAACAAGGAAAUGGAAGUGGAUGCAAUGAAGAAGAGGCCAUGAAUUUAAAUUUUGUGUUCGAAAAUGUUACUAAGAGCGUUGGUCUAAUUGAUAGCCAGGAAGAGAUUGUAAAUUUGAGCAAGGAUGAUCAUAACAAAGAAGUAAUUUCAGAUCAUACUGUUGAUAAAGAUGGAGAAGGUGUUGUAGAAGGUGAAGGUGUUGAAGUUGAUUCAGAUUUAGGGAAAUCAAUAGAAGAUUGCUCAAAUAAAAUAAAGAUGAAGGAUUCAAAUGAGACAUCAAUCAUUGAAAAAGGACAAAGCAAAGGGAAAGUUGAGAAGUUUUAUGGUCCAAGUUUUAGUCUUGGAUUUAGUCAAAUUUUCAAGGUUCCAAGAAGGCAUCUCAAAGUCAAAGUUCUCCUAAACGGAUGA